GACUCGUCACCCUGAAGCCAAACGAUUCGUGGCACCACUAGGCUCAGCGUAAGGAUGCCCAACUUCCGUCGAAAGUCUUGUCAACAAUGUCGGUCGUCAAAGUUAGCUUGUGACCGAAACCAGCCCCGCUGCUCCCGCUGUGAGCAACGAAAUUGGCCAUGCUGCUACUCUCCUAUGUCGCAGGCAAGUGUUUACCUAGAAAAAGGUUAUCGGCAGCUUCGGAGUCCGCAGUUGUGCACGUCGGGACAAAUUUCUGAAGUAUCGCUGCUAGAUACUACAAGCAUUGAGGCGGCGAUUAUGACUAGCACAAGGGAUCACAAUGAGCGCCAAACAGCUAGCGUUUUCGAGGUCACCGAUACCAUUGGUGAUAUUGGAGUUUUUGAAUGGGCUGCCGUGCCCACAAACAUUGCCAAUGAAACGCCUUGGACCGAUGACUUCACAAGCAACAGUCCAAGGUUAACAUCCACGGGUCCAACAGCCGACAUGAGUCCUGACAUUGUUACCAAUAUAAUUGCCGACAUCAACACACAAAUCUCAUCACGAGCCAAUUUUGAGCUCGGUAUGCUGGUCGACGUUAACCACUUACUUCGGCCGCGUAGAAACAAAACUGCAGAAGCCUCGCUUACUUCGAAAAUGAUGCUGGGAAGCAUACGAAAGUACCCUGCAAUGCUGAUCAACGAUCUCAACCUCCCACCUUUCAUCAGCUCGCCGUGCUUCGGCGACGAGAUCCUGUGCCAGCAGUCUGGAAUCCAUCAAUGUCUUCCACCACCAUUAGCUGCAUGUGCCAGUAUAGUUCGCAUGUUUCCGAGAGACAGCCUAAGAGACAGAUCUUUUGCAUGGAAGACCAUCUACAUGGAACAACAGAGACUUUUUCACGAGCAUGAGUCUUACGAUAGGAAGACAUUGAUUGCUGCCGUACAAGCCGUCACGUUGUAUACCAUUCUCCACAUUGAAGAUGUCGCAUCUAUCCCUGAGCACUAUCUCAGAUCAACAACCGUUACCUUAGGCACUAUGACUUAUACAAUGAUGAAGGAUCGAACUGGAGCCAAUUACACGCAACAUCAUAGCAUUUCCAAUCGGCACGAAUGGAUCAGUAACGAAAGCGUAGGGAGACUAAUAUGCUUUUGCUACGCAUUGAAUGAGCUUCUCAGCAUAGCAAUAUGUCCUUCUUCCGGCAACGGUGGCGCGACGUGUAAAACUGUACACCUUCCGAGCACACGCAGCCUCUGGCUAGCCAAGGCAAAUAUAGAAUGGCAGCGACAGUAUCUUGAACAACUAUCGCAACGGGACUUCAAAGAUACCCUCAAAGUCUCUCAUCUUCGGGAGUACGCCCGAUACGCGGGGAACGCCUUACCAAGGGAGGGUUGGGUAGCGGAUGUCGAAAAUUGGUGUCUGGAUCACGACGAGUUAGGACACUUCAUCUGGAUGGCAACAAAAUUGGAACCUGUGUAGUAUUCUCACUCAUGUCUUCUACUGUCUUGAGUGUGGGUUUCCAAGCCACCACCCUGCGACAGCAACUUGGUCGGCCCGAACAGCCACGUAGCACGAUGGGCUUGCGGCUCAAUCCAUAGAGUUCUUUCAUCGUAUUAUUAGUGAAGUUCGACUUGAAAAUGUGGAGAAAGGCACAUUGUCUGAUCACGCUCAUGAAUGUCGGCUCGGGAGACUGCCACAUGGGAUGGGAGACCGUACGAACGACGCCAGAAGUUCAGAACUUGCCCGCCAUAUCUGCUAGGGCGUGCAAAAUUUCGUGCGUCUGUAUGCGACCAACGGCAGGUGCCAUGCUCAAGCGGUCCCUCGCCGGAAGUUGACUGAGGACA